CCCCUCCCCCCUCUUCCUCACGCCUCACACCGACCCCCCCCCCACCCACCACCUCCACUGACCCGGCGUCACACAGUCCGGCUCCCAGCGUUUGGCCCCCGACCGGUGGCCUGGCAGGCUGCCCCCCUACAGGUGGAUGAAUGAAGACCCCAUUCAAGAGCCCAGCGGCCCCGCGGCCUCGAGCGGACGGGGGGCAUUCAGGCGUGUCUGCAAACAUGAUGAAGAAGAAGAAUUCACACAAGAAACAGAGGACCAGUGUUGGUCCCAGUAAGACACUGGCUCAGCCCAGAAGGAACAUCGUCGGCUGCAGGAUCCAGCACAUCUGGAAGGAGGGCAGUAAGUCGUCCCAGUGGAAGGGGACGGUCCUGGACCAGGUUCCUGUUAACCCCUCACUCUACCUGAUCAAGUACGACGGCUUCGACUGCAUCUACGGCCUGGAGCUGUACAGCGACGAGCGGGUGGUGGGGCUGGAGGUCCUGCCCGACAGAGUGGCUCCGGCCCGUGUGAGCGACUCGCUGCUGGCGGAGACGAUGAUCGGGAAGGCGGUGGAGCACAUGUUCGAGACGGAGGACGGGCCGAAGGAGGAGUGGAGGGGGAUGGUUCUGGCCCGGGCCCCCAUCAUGACCUCCUGGUUCUACAUCACCUACGAGAAAGACCCGGUCCUCUACAUGUACCAGCUGCUGGACGACUACAAGGAGGGAGACCUGCGCAUCAUGCCCGACUCCAAUGACAGCGUGGCGGCGGAGCGGGAGCCCGGCGAGGUGGUGGACAGUCUGGUGGGCAAACAGGUGGAAUACGCCAAAGAGGACGGAGGGAAGCGGUCGGGCAUGGUCAUCCACCAGGUGGAGGCCAAACCCUCCGUCUACUUCAUCAAGUUCGACGACGACUUUCACAUCUACGUCUACGACCUGGUCAAGACCUCCUAAGACCAGAGCACUCGGUCCAGGACCCCAAAUAGACUUACCGAGACCUGCCUAGACCCACCGAACCCCCCUGCCCGCCCGCCCGCCCACCUCCUCCCAACCACAACCCCACCACCCCCUCCCUCCCUGUGAAGAUAAACUAGGGUUUAAAACAUCCUGUGACACAGUCUGACACAGAUGACUUCAGUUCUUUCCUCUUUCUUUUAUGAAGCGCCUUAAGAACGGAAAAAAACCCCAGAAACUAGAAACCAGCGAGCAGGUUUAUCUGAUCGUUCAUCACUUUUCUCCAGACAGCUUCAGACUCUUCUAGGAUUCUUCAACGGCUGCUGACACACUAAAUCGCUCCAAGAAAAGUCAUUUGGAAUAACUGCAUUGAUUUUAAUAACAAACAUGGCUGAAACCCGACUUCUACACCCGGAGACGAACCCCCCCUUCCCCUGCCCCCUCUCCUGAAACCCUGUCGGACUGCUGGAGACCUGCGCUGUGAGGAGGGGGAGUGGGGGGGACAGGUCUGCCAGGGUUAAUGAAGGGAGGGGACCUUUUUUUUUAGAUGAACCGUCGUCUGCUCUCCAUCACGGACGCUGUAACGUGACUAUUCUGCUUUCUGAGGACGCUCAGGAGGAACUGGUGUCUGACGGCAGAGCGUCUCUGUGGCUCCGCCUCCCUGCAGGUCACCUGUGGACGGACUGAAACGCUGCCUGGAGGGGGGGGGGGGCAGAGAACACAGACUCUUAUUGUUUCCAUUCUUUUAUCAUUUUGUCCUUUUUGUAACGCUUUAUUUGACAGGUCCCUUAAUUUUACACUAAUUUCCGAACAUUUCCAGAGUAAUCAGCAGGUACGGUUCACUUUAGGACGUUUUACAUCAUAGUUGGAUUCAUGUUGUUGGUAAAUUGCAAAAAAAUUUUCCUAAAUUAGACUCUGAACAGUUAUUUCACAGACAGAAAAUACUACAUAUGUAAUAGGUUGUUUCUUAAAAACACUUUCAACAAGUAGCACUUUAUUUCAUGGAUCCCUACUUUCCGUAAUUUUUGAAUCGUUUCCUAAAAGAAGCUGCUGUGACGUUUCUGUGUACUGACAUUAUUAUUUAAUUUGGUAGAAUACAGGAAAUACUCUCAUCUCAACCUAAAUAUGCUCAUAUGUAGUUUGACACACAAAACUAAACACUGAGAAGUAUUUUCUGUCAGUUAAAGAACUGUUAACAGUGUAAGAUUUUAAGAUUUUUUUUGCAAAUUAACAACUAUGUAUAAACUCAAAUAUAACGAGCGGGAACUUACCAACUAAACCAACUCAACACUUUAUUCUGUUUUGUGUUUUUUAUAAUUUGUAGCAAAUUGCACCAUCGUCUCUGUAAAAUAACCUAAAAAUUAACUGUUAAAUACCUGCAAAUUACUCAGGAAAUUAGUAUAAAAUUAGAGAACCUUUAGAAAUAAAAUGUCGUUUCUUGUCGCUGUUGAUUUGAUUACCCAGAAUGCCUUUUUUUUUUUUUUUUUUUUAGUUUUUACAUCACUUGCAGAAGCUCAGUUCUCAGAUUGUUGGUGUGUUUGUUCAUUAGUCACAACGUCGUGUUUGCCGCCCAGAUUCAGUUUCAGCAGAAAUGCUAACGAUGCUAACAGACAGAACUGCAGCCGUCAGUCCGUUAAUUGAUUAUUUGAUCACCUGACAAAAUAUUCUGUAAGUAUUUUGAUCAUCAGUCGAUUGUUUGAAACGUUUUUAAAGCAUAAAAUGCGAAACAUUCCCCAGUUCCAGACUGUUGUUUGUGAGGAUUUGCUGCUUUUCUUCGUCUCAUGUGACAGUAAAUUCAGGAUUCAGGAAGAAGGAUUCUCUUCACUGUUUUCUGGAAUUUUUUUAGACCAAACAAUUAUAACUGCAGUGAUUUUUUACAAUUAAUCUUUUUUCAAAACAAAAAUGCUAAAACCU